AUGGCUGGUCAUGGGGCUGGGUGCUUGACAGAUCAAAGCACCGGGGGUCGAAACAUUUUCUUUGGACCUUGUGGAACAGAUAACAACCAAAAGUGGUACAUGGACGCCCAAGGUAGGCUCCACAGCAGGAUUGACGAGAUCAAGUGCCUUGACUUGAACAAGACGAACGAUAACCUCUACAUGGAAGCGUGCAGUGACAGCUUCAGUCAGAGGUUCUCCUAUCCAAAUUCAUUCCCUAUUGUUACCACAAACGCACGUACUGCCUACAACAGAAGGCAACAACUCAACCGCAUCUACGGAACAGCCGACCAGCAUGUGUAUGGUAAAGACUCCCGGUCGAUUAUCCGAUACAACCACCCCGAUCAGGUGAGGAGAAACCUAUGCCCCUACUGGGAGAGUUCCUUCUCUUUCAAGUAUACCAUGCAGAACUAUGCUCUCUCUACAAGCUCAGUGAUUGAAGUCAAGUCCACUAGUGAAAUGGACCAGCUGCUUUUGGAUGAAUCACGGGUGACAUCGGGUGUAACGAAGGUUCUAGUUGUGAAGCGACCAAAGCUACAAACUGGGUAUUUCAGGCUGGGUGACUAUGCAUCGAACAAAAAAGUGGGUUUCCACUCAUCUCUGUUGGUCAAGGGAGCUGAUGGAACUGUUCUCAAGGAACCAACAAACUUUGUUUUGGUCUGGAAUGGUACAGGUGGAGAUGCUGCUACCCCCACUUCAAGUGGGUCAUUUUGGAAGCCAGUUGCCCCAGAAAGGUUCACUUGCCUUGGUCAUGUGUGGCAACAAGGUGCCACAAAGCCAGCCACGAACCUAGUGCGCUGCAUUCAAGACAGGUUUGUUGAAAGUGCGCCGUCUAGUUUUUUGUUUGACAACAAUGAUGCUGCCUCCAAAACUAGAUCUGAGGUAGAUCUGAGUGUCCAGAGCACAGGAUCAACGUCUACAAGUCUCACACCAGGUACCUUUGUCAGCAAGGCGUCACAUUCUGCCCCUGCCACCGAGGAAUUCAUGGCCCUCAAGAAAGGCUGCAUUCUAGGAGAAGGCAAAUUCCCUUUCUGUGAUGCAAAUGACAGUCUCUCUCUUAGUGUGAAUGCUGCAAAGGACUUUAAAAUCCCCUAUGCAAAGCUCCAGCCUUGCUACUAUGAACAUGAAGACCAUGUUGGAUAUGGGUUGGUGAAUGAUGCCAGCUCCACGUGGCAGAAUCAUGCCAUUGAGUUAUUCAAGAAUCCUGCUGGCUCUCUUGGCUACAAGCAUGUAGGAGCUUCCACAAACCUUGGGGAGUCCUACUGCUUGGGAUCAGUUGUGUUUGGUUCAUCCAGCAUCAAGCAUGACCUUUUCAUCCAUGGAAUCACCAAGGUUGGAAGUGUCACUCAGCAGGAGGCCGAAGAUCAGAAGAAUGGAGAGUUGGGAAAUCGCCUGUCUAAGAUGAUUUCAGGAGACUUCGUGUUUUUGUUUCCAUGCUCGGGGAAAAACUCAGUCAAGGACUACAAGGCAUCUCUGGCGGCUCUUGCCACUUCUGCAAACACCAAUGGUGGCAGUGAAAAUGGUGUGGUGAAUGUUAAUGAGAACCUGGGAGAAUUGGGACUCUUUGGGGGUUCAAAGUGGACAAGCCCUCACUAUUGUGGCAUUUCAGAGGAACCAACAGCAUCAGGUGGAUGCAGGAAAGUCGAUGUCUGCUUCUUUGAGCCAGGUGGAUGCAAACCAUAUGAUCAGCUACCAUGUAAAAAGAACAUUGACUGCAAAGGAGGGAUUUGCAAUACAGCAGAUAGUCUUUGUGGACAUGUAAGGAGUUUUGUUGUGGAUCUGACGUUCUCAUUCCCAAUGGCGGAGCACACUGUGAAUUGUAGUUCGGUUUUAGAGUUCGAUUUUCGGCUUGUGGAUGAGGUUGAGGGACAUGCCAUUUGUCUUGAUGAGGACCUCAAUGAGGAUGUGGAAAUUCCAGGGUCCAAGCGAUGCUUUCGACUUGCUGGCUCUCAGAGUGCCAUUUGGAAGGAGGUUUGGAAUCUUGACGAACCAGGCAACACAGGAGAGUACAAGCACUACAAGGUCAAGAUUGGAUCACUUACUGGUGGUGCGGGCAACAACAAGCCUUACAUCUCUUGGGGCGCCAAAAUCAAGUACAUUGCCAUCGUGCAAGACAAUGAUGCAAAUGAAAAUAUUGGGGAGAGCACAUUCAAGAACUUGCAGCUUUAUCACGACAAUGCAGCCCCUGUUGAAACAGUCGACCCAGGUCCAUCAAUCACAGGAACCUCUAUUGAAAUUGAUGUAUCCAAUGCUGCACGUCAUGGCACCUGGAAAGUUAAUUGCACAAGGCUUGAUGGCAGCGUUCCUGAUCAGCCACCACAAAGUGUGUACAAGUACGAUGGCAAAUCAAUCAAUGCUGGAAAUGCAACAAAUUUCAAGUACAAAUUUGAUGGUCUCCUUUCUGGCUAUGAAUACACUGCAAGACUUUUCCCCGUGGACGGCAGUGGUAAUCAGCUCCAAGGUUCAACUCCUCAGGAAACAGUGGCUUCAACAUUUUGCUGUUGUAACUGUAAUUCGAUCCAUUUUGGAGACACCACCGGAAGGCCAAUAGGGUUAAAGGCGUAUCAGGUCAAAGGUUUUGUUAUGUUCAAUUUCACUGACAACUCUCUCUGUGCUGAUGCCUACGCCUUUACCCGGUCUGCGCUCAAGGAUGAGUUCUUUGAUAAUUCAGAUGAAACAAGAAAGAGUGUCUUCACACCGAACUACAAUUACUACCCCAAGAAAAAGUGUGGUGGUGCUCCAGUCCUGCCAGGGAAAGCCGCUGCUGAUGAUCUGAAGACCUCCCAGCUUGAGGUUGGUGCUGCCUACCGGUACUGUGUCCGUGCUGUUGCUCAAUUCUACUCGGCAGAUUCCCUGCACUCCAGUGAUGAGCACUGCAAAACUCACUUUGUCCGUUGGCAAGCUUCCAUGUCAGGCAAGGUCACAACAGCCCCUUUGGCCGGCAGCCUACCCAUUGACGAUGUUGCUGUCUCAUGGGAGUUGUUGAACCCACAGCAAACUGUUGUCAUUGCCUCUGGGAGCGCUGUGACAAAGAGGCCUGGUACUUAUGCCAUCGAGUUUGAUGAGUUGCACAAUGAACUUGAUCGUGACAAUGAGUUUCCAGUUCGAAUCAAGUUCUCCAAGAAUACCACUGUUGGCAAUGAAACAAUCACACACCAGUUCCUCUGCAAUGAGGGUUCAACAGACUGCAGUGAUGGCACCAUUGCGUAUCUGAAGCAUCUUACCUUUGAGGAACCUGUAGUGUCCUAUGAUAACUCCUCUGUUCCUGUCCGCGGAAGAGUCACAAUUUGGGAGCCCGAUGGGUGCCCUGUCAUUGGUGCUGAGGUAUGCCUGAAAAUAAAGCAUCCUCAGACUGCUGACACCACAGGUGCCUGUGUCAAAACGGAUCACAACGGAGACUACAAUGUCCCUGCGGCCAUUGGUUCCACGGUUGGCAUUGAAGUCUCUUACAACAACCACACUAUGAACAAAGCCCCGGAGAAUUCCCUGGACUACAACAAGGUUUUUUUUAUCAAUGUCAACAAGCGCUAUGUGCGCAAUGACUUUUUAGAUGUGGCCAAGGCAAAACUUGUUGUGGAAGUGGUUGGUGGACUGUGCAAUAAGACCCUUGGUGUCAGUCAACUGGAGGCAACGGUGAAUGGGUGUGAUCGAAAAAACUGGAAAAAGGACCUGAGCCAGCAAUUCUUCAAAGGAGAGCACUGGGUGCCUGCACAUGUUCUUGAUCUGAAAGUCGUCAACAUGUCGAAUGAUGCAAAAAGUGAUUUCUCAAAAAUCCUUGAUUUCUUCGCGACAAACAAUAUGACUAAGACCAUUGAUUUGCUAGAGGCUGGGGAUAUGCAGGAUGAGACUAAACGAGUUGACAAAAAAGCAACACCUAAGGGGAAGAGUGCAGGUACCAAGAGUGAAGAGUCCUAUGACAAGGUCCGCUUUCAGUAUGACGGUGAACUCGUCGUGGACUUCAGGUUCAUGGGUGUUGAUUUAGCUGGAAACUGUACCCUGAAAACAGUGAAGCCUCAAGGCACUCUCAUUUCUGGUACAGGGACCACAACAUCAUUCCAUGUCACAACUACUGGGUCAAGUUUCCGUCCCAAAGUGACUUUGAAGUACUCCCUGCUCCCAGACCUCACAUGUGAUAUCCUUGCUGAUGAAAUUGCUGUGAGAGUCAUCAACAAGAUUGGAAUAGACGCAGACUUUGAAAAAUAUGCAUCCACCCUGCAGAGCAAAGCUGCCCUGCUAAACCGCCUCAAGCUUUGCAGCGAUGAUGGUGGCUGCAACUUCCCAGUGGAUCAUGAUAUUAUCAAUGGGAAGAAGACCAAUGCACACAUGCUUCCCAGAAAGGAUGAUGAUACUCUGAUUACUUUUGCUGCUGGCAGGCCAAAUCUUUACGGGGACUUUAGGAAGGAUUUGAUUCUUGAAGUUCUUGACAAGAACCUGAAAACCUUGAAGACACACAGAGCUGAAGUUGUUGUUGUUGGUGACUAUGUCAAAGGUCCGGGGGAGUCUUUUGCUCUACCAACGUACAAGCCCAUCUUGAUCCUCCGGGAUCCGCCUGGUGGUCUCUCCCAGUCGAUUUAUGAGAAUGUGCAGACUUCCAUCAAAGUUAAAUCCUCCACAGUAGAGAGAGUGAAGGAUACCACAUUCCACUAUGACAGAUCCAUUGGAGGAGAACAUGAGUACUCCAUGUGUGCUGGGUUUGGAGCAAUGGCAUGCAAAGAUGUACUGGAGAUUGAAGGUGGAUUUGAAACCGGCCUGGGAGUAGAGGCAAGCACUGUUCAGCAGGAUGAUGAAGAUUCGUACACCUCUGAGUUCACAACAACUUGGAGCUAUGCUACCAGUGACGACCCAGUUUUGGCAGGACGAAAAUCAGAUGUAAUUGUCAUUCCCAACCUCAACGUCCAGUACCACAUUGUUACGACAGUUGCAUUCUAUGGAGGCACGUCAUGCCAAGUCAACACAACUGAUACUGUUAAGUUCUCUCUGACUGAUCCCGGCAACAAGCCUGCUCUCUCCUUCCUCAGUGUGUACAACAUUGAGACGCACCAACUGCCUGAUCUGAAAAAGGCUAUUAGUGACAAGAAGGCAGAGCAUGACAAACUGGCUGCCAACCACCCAAACAAAACCAAGACUAAAACACAACUCAAGGUUUUGGAAGACGCGUUGACAGGCUGGAACCAAACCAUGACAGAUUAUGAUAGCAUCAAUAAAAAUGCCAGCAAGAACAAACUUGACAUUGCUGGAAGGGAAUGGUUCACAAAAUGGGCUUCCACAAAAGACAAGAUGGAAAAGGAGCCAACCAUCACUGAUCACUGGUCCAACCUCGCCCCAGAAGUUUUGACUGACCGAACGGAAGCUUUCAACUUUGACUACAUCAAGCAGGCGAAACUAGCAUCAACUGACAAGGCUGACCUGAAGGAGACGAACAGGAUUCAAUUCAGUGGUGGUGGUGGUACCAUGGAGUUUGUGGUGGAUCAUGCAGGUGCCAGUGAAUUAAUGCGGCUAGACAAAAACCACGAAAAUGGGGCUGUAGGAAGUACAGCCACCUUGGAAGGCGAAAUGGAAAUCUCUGCAGGUGCCAGCUUUGGCUUCGCAAUGGGUCUUGGGUUUACAUAUGAGUCAUCCACCUCGGGAACGGUAACCGAUGAAAGUGGCCGACAGACCACUGUUUCUUUUGUACUUGGUGAUGAACAAGAAGAUGAUGAGUUUGUGGUGGACAUUUAUGUUGAUCCAACCUAUGGGACCUUUGUCUUCCACACUGUUUCCGGGUGUUCUAGGGCUCCAUGGGAAUCAAACACAAAGAAAGGCGAAGACCUAAGCAUGUCCAUGAUGAAACCAGAUGGCCCUGUGAUGCCGGAUGAUGCCAUUGUGGUGGAUGUGACCCUUUUGAAUGCGGGUGAGAACUUGGCCGUCUUUCAGGCAUAUGUUGACCACACAACCAACCCUGGCGGUUUGAGGCACUUUAUGGGAGGUGUUGGCUUGGAGGUACCCAUUGACUACACUCUGGGAGCACGUUCAGAGAUUACGACAAAGGUGGAGAUCAGGAGGGGUCCAAAGGGCUAUAAGUUCCCUGCCACAACUAUGUAUCUUGUGAGCUUGUGGGACGAGCUUGGCAUCGAAGCUGGGUCUGUUGAGAUCUUCAACUUUGUAGAUGCGAACAAGAAGAAAUGGAUUCUGUUUGAAGAACCAUGUCCACGAGUAGAAUGGGCUGGGCCUCUAAAGAGAGAAAGGAAGGCCUCAGUCACCAAGAAUGUUAAGCCUGUUGACCUGACUGUGUUCAAUCCUCAAAAGGCUGCUGGUACAUUUGAAAGCAUUGCAAAGAAUUCGCGGCUGAGCAAUGUGUAUGCUUGGUAUCGCCAGCUUGGCGAUAUUGGCGAUACCUCUUGGAAGAAGGCUCAACUGGCAGAUAAAAAUCAGAUUGACUUUGCCAACAUUCCCAACGUCAGUUCCUACAAGGAGACUUCCUACGGGUAUUCCAAGAUUCCCUGGGACAUUGGCAACACCUUGGCCUUGACAGGAGACGGAGCUUACGAGGUGAUGAUCGAGAGUGUGUGUGAGACACUGCCUGGAGCACCUGACGAGUUCAACAAAUUUCAAUCGGAUCUAAUAACUGUGGUUGUCGACCGAGUUCAGCCAGAACUUUAUGGCAAGGCCCUGCCAGUCAGGGAUGUUGUGGUUCCUGGGGAAGAGAUUGUAUUGGUCUUCACAGAGUCCAUCCAAUGUGAGCUUCCCUACCGGUUUACCUUGAACGUGACAGUUGCUGGCCUCAAUCCCCCACUGUUCAACGAACGAGACCUGAAGAUUGACUGUCAGGGCCGAAAACUUGGAUUCCAACUUGACCCAACAAAAACUGGUGGCGGCUGGGAUGUACUGAUGGGCAGAGAAAUGACAGUCACAGUUGAUCAAAUCAAGGAUCUGGAAGGCAAUGUGCUUCCCAACAAAAUCACAUUUAAGAAAACACUUGCCAAUUUGAACCUCAAAGCAGUGACAAGCACUUUUGACUUCAGGCUCGCCACAGCUAAUUGUACUACUCCAGUUGAUGAAUCCAAUGUCAAGAACAAGAUUGCAACUGAGCUGGCUCUGAGCGACACCAGCCGGGUAACAGUUGUCUCGUCCUCCUGUGAUGGUAACACUACGGUUGCCAAAGUGAAGAUUAGCCCCACCGGUGGUCGGCGACUGCGGAAUGAUGAAGAACAGGAGGAUCACAAUGCUCUUAGUGCAUUCUAUGCCUUGUUCAAGCUAUCUUUUAGUGAGACGGAGUCUGGAUCCAGGAAGCUGAUGAGUCUUGAUGGUGCUGAUUAUUUCACCUUCUCUGUUGACAACAUGGAGCUGGUUCCUGGUGAAGCAGACUUGAAGAAGUAUGGCCUGAACGCUAAGCUGACACCUGAGGAGGAGAUGAUCAUGGCGGCUGCCGAGGCCUGCGACAGUACUCACUUGGAGCAGAAGCAUCAGUUGCUGAAGAUGGAGCACAGUGUUAUCGAGGAGCUGGAAACACACCUUGAAGAACUUGACCACAAGAUGGAAGUCAAGCUGGAUGAGAUCGUUGCUCGUCUAUUGGAGACGAAGACCCCAACUACAUCUGAGAGCGUUAGACCUGAACAUGUUGACCUGCCCGAUGAAAAGCAGGACCUGGCAGUGCUUUUGGCGCAGCUUAGGGAGGAGCAGAAGCAGGCCCGCUUCUGGAAUGUUGCCCUUGGGUUGUCUCUGUUGGUGGGAACGGUGGUGUCACUCUAUGCCAGAGCUGGACGUUAG